AUGACUAAAAAAAGAAAGUUUAAAACUAUACCCAAGCGUUCAGGGGGAAGAACUACUGGACUAGGUUCAGGAAAUACUAUUACUGCUGAACAAAUAAAAAAUCAAUUCUUCGCUCAUGCUAGUUCUCAAAGAGCUGGCAAAGAAAGUGACUGUCAAGCACUAGCUGAUUUUGCUAACAGCACUGCAAGUAUAGAAAAUGAUGCUCAAGAACUAACCCUAGCCGUUAAUGAACAAGAAUUUAACAAUCGUAAACAGCAACUCGUUAAUAAAUUACAAGACUGUAUCAAUAAUUUUUUAAAACCGUUUUUAAAUGGUCUGCAACAAAAAAUGCAAUCCCAAUUAAAUCAAUUGCAAUCCGUUACUCCUAAACAUCAAAGAGAGAUAUUGCAACUUGAAGCAGAGAUUAAAGAAGCUGACACUAAAUAUCAAGAAAAUAUUGCUAAAGCUAAUAAAGAAACUGACCCUAAUAAAAAAGCUAAACUUAUGGCAUUGGCUCAAGAAGCAGAAACAGAACUUAAAAGAGCUAAGCAAAAGUUGGCUCGUAAUCCUUUAUCGAAGUUGGUGCAAUACAGUUAUUUGUAUGACAUGGGAAGGCUUGUUAGCGGUAAUAUUAAUCCUGAUCCGGUAAAUCUACCAGGCAAUGAACCAAAUUCAGAUCCCAAUGAUUCAGGCUCUGGUUCUGGUGGCGGAGUAACUAACCCUGAUAAUAAGAAAAAUCCCUGA